AUGGCGCCUCCAUUUCCAAAAUCGGUGGACGAGCUUGUUCAGCGCUUGAAAGACCUAGGAAUCAAUGCAUAUAACUCAGACCCCGACUCCAUCCUCGAUUCAGAACCGACCCCUGAGUCGGGCCCGAGUCCGAAAUCGAAAAAUUGUGUCGAUACGAAAUCGACCGUUGCUCAUGAGAAGAAGAUGCCUAAUUCGUGGAAGGAUCGCGAGGUCCGCACUCUCAUAGACCUAUGUAACUCUUUGAUCAAGGUAUAUGUCUAUGAAAGCGUUGGGGCUGUCCGUGACAUCCUCCCCUUGAUUCCAUUCGCCACAUUCACGGUGUGUCCAGGUCUGCUUAAAAAAUUACAGGAUGGCUCACAACUCCUUGAUGACGGCGUCUUGGAUACGUUCCAUGCCCUCCUACUGUGUCCCCGGGUUCGGGAGGAACUCAAGCAUGCCCUUGGCAGCACAUUGCUCUGCUUCGCGGAGCGGCUCGGCGAUGCGGUAAGCACUGUCAACGACCCAGAAAUUUACCGUUUGAUAUGCAGUCUAGCCACAGUAUUGGAUACACUGAACGACGUCAAGCGCAGCGGAAUCAGCGACGAGAGAGUGGUCCAACCCUUGCUUCAAUCACUGGACCGAAUUCGCCGCCAUAACGACUUGCAUCUCUCUCAAGUCGCCCGAUAUGCAUACCAAUCGCUGAUUGGUAUUCCCAGCGAUGUGAGUCCGUGGGAAAAACUAGGGAAGAAUUUUUUCAACGUUACCCUCAGUGCUGCCAAGGUAGCUAGCGCUAUGCCGAAUCCCGUCGCAGGUCUUAGGGUGUUGAAAAACGUAACUGACCUAGUCGAUUCAAUAACUGAUCUCGUUAAAACGCUGGGAAGUGCGAGCCAGGAUGGUGUGCGGCGAAGGAAACCGGCCAUGUGGUAUAUCGCUCUCCGCUACACAAAUAUGCUGAUCAGAAGCAACGCUCCCAAACACCUUGAGUUACUGUUACAAAGUUCUGGCCUCCCUUGCCGGAACGACAAAGAGUUCCUGUGUGGUGUCUGCGCACAACUGGAGCAGGUCAGACAUGACCAGUCUCCAAAUGAUGCAAUUAUCCAGGCUUUGAGCCGCUUUUUGGUCCAACAAGCCAACACAACAAAGCACCGUCGGGUCCAAAAAUGGGUGCAGUCAGUCGUUGAUUCGACUAGAUUUCCAUGUUCGCAAAGAAGGAACCGGUCAGGUUGGUUUCAAUUGCUUGGUAGGCGAGAAUCCCGCAAGUACGGCACUGAGAUAAAAUAUUCCAAAUUGUCUCAGUUCGAAUCAUAUAACCGCGAGCUCUUUGAAAGAGGGCUGGAAAAUUGUACUGAGGCGAAGUUGUUUUGCAUCGACCAAGAGAUUCGAAACAAAUACUCUGAACCGGUCACUGGUUGCCUCACCAUCGAACGCCUCGACGGUGGUAUCCUGCCUAUGGACCAGUGCUAUAUUAAUCUAGCUGUCCUGCCAGAUUUUGAUAUGAAGGUGAAACCCGACGGUAAGAGCAGUACCGACACGACAUCUUCAUUUACUCUUUUGAGCCAUUUAAAGGUCCAAGAAACCGCAACAACAACUCUCCACUUGUCGGAUCUUUUUGAACAUUGCCGUCCCAACAGAGGCGAUGUCUUGAGUGAAAAUGCUUCUCCAGAUAGAGCGAAAGACCAGCCAGAUAUUAUGCGGGUGCUGAUUCGAGGUCAGGCCGGCAUGGGUAAAAGUACUCUCUGCAAGAAAAUGAUUUAUGAGUUCAUUCACAACAAUAUGUGGACGGAGAAAAUCGACCGCGUUAUUUGGUUCCCAUUGCGUGAGCUCCAGGAAGAAAAAGAUACCUCUAUCGGGAGUCUCAUCAUUCGCAGACAUUUUGUCGAAGACAACGAGGCUGAUCUGCGCUCCGAAACGUUGGGCAGAGAGAUCGAAAAGAAAAGCACUAGGACGCUCUUUAUCCUCGAUGGUCUCGAUGAGGUGCCUACAGGCGCAACUUCGCCGUUGAUCACGAAAUUACUGAAUCAGCCUCGGGUCAUCAUCACAAGUCGUCCUUAUGCCAUCAGCCAGGCGAGACUUUAUAAUCUUCAUCGAGAGGUCGAAACCGUGGGGUUCUAUGCCGACCAAGUGAAAGAAUACAUCAAAGUUAUUGGGAAAGACAUGGCCGAGGAAAUUCAGCAAUUUACCGAUAGCCAUCCGAUAAUACAAGGACUGGCUCGCAUCCCUAUUAAACUUGAUGCUAUUUGCUUCAGCUUUACAGAAAAGAGCGCGGCUAGCAAAGAGAUGAACGACAUCUCUACAGGAGUAACAACAAUGACUGAGCUCUACAAAGGUGUAGAAUGGGCACUGUGGUGCAAAGACAUUCCAAAGCUAGGGAUUCGGGGCUGGGAUGACAAGGAAUCGGAGCCAGAGCUGAUUACGAAGGAAAUUGCGCAACGCGAAGGUCCCAAAGUUGGCAAAAUCUGGUUAAAUCGGCCUCUCAGAGCCCUGCAACACCUUGCCUUCAAAGGACUUUGCGACAACAUUUAUGAGUUUGGCCGAGAUUACUGGCAACCCAUCUUCACGCCUGCCGGCCAGUCUCCGCUCAACGCAGCUAGUCUUUCUUUUCUGCGAUCCUCCAGCGCAUACACACGCCAUGGCCAGACUUACCAUUUCUUGCAUCCAACCUUCCAGGAGUUCUUCGCGGCGCAAUACUUUGUGGAGCAUUGGAAGUCAAAUACAGAGUUAGACCACCCAACACUAGAAAAUAUCACAGCCGCCCACUUUCUGCGCAAAGAAAAAUAUAACGCCCGAUACGAUAUCAUGUGGCGCUUUGUCGCGGGAUUGCUUCAAGACGGUCCCGGCAAAGAGCAGCUCUGCCUCUUUUUCAAGCUGGUUGAGAAAGAGCCGCGUGACCUUUUUGGUCCUGGUCAUCAGCGUCUAGUUAUGCAUUGCCUCAAUGAGGUCCAUCCCUCACAGACGAACCACGAGUCGUUCCAUAAGAUGCGAAUGGCACUAGAAAACCAUUUGAAAGAGUGGCUUUUGUACGAAUGUAGGGUCCUGGGAAAGUCCUGGUUGGCUGCCGAAUCAGAGUUCCCCUGCUCUGUUGUAUUGUCUGCAUUUCGGGAAGCCCCGCCAGAAAGCAAGGCCAUAAUUGUCAAGACGAUGGGGCAAAGACGAAGUAUCCCGUUGGAGGUCGUUAGCCUACUAAUGGCACUGGCCAAGGAUAACACGGACAGACAAUUGUGCCGGUCUGCUUGCGAUGCAAUCUACUCUUCCCGGGUCCAGCCGACUUAUGAGCUCCUGAGACUCACAGUCGACCGACUGGGGACCGACUCUAUAUCGACUACGAUACUAGACAGACAAGUAUCACUCCCCAAAGAAAUCACCGAUGCUGUGUCAAAAAGCCUAGUGAACCCGGAUCUGAAGAUGAGGAACUCGGCCGCCAAUGCCCUUCGUGGUUUGGAAUCGGAUGCCAUCAUUGAAGCUAUCGCAAGGCAACUACAUAACCCAGACAGUAGCAUCAGGUCAUUAGCUAUCGAAACGCUGGAAAGAGAAUACUCCCUACCACCUUUUGUUCUUAACGAGUUCUACACCAAGUUAAAAGACACGAACGAAGAGGUUAGGACUGCAGCGUCAAAAGCUCUAAAACGGUACAGAGGAGUAUUGCCAGAUAACGUCGCCCAAGCCGUAGCUGAACACUCAAAAGACCCAAAUGACAAUGCCACACCACCAGCUGCUGAAACGCCACGGAAGUCGCCGAGACUACUCGAAUAUCUUAUUCAAAUUUUUACAAAGAAAGAUGAACACGCAGGUAAAGAAGGUGGGAGUGUGACCUUCAAAUCUCAAAAGUCUGGGCAAGAAUGGACGAUGGGUGCCCUCCAAAUCAUUGCUAAAGAGUUGGAAGAUUCAAACCCCAAGAUCAGAAUAUCCGCUACCAAGAAACUGAAAUUAAAGACGAAUUUGCCAGAGGAUAUUGUUCAAAUUCUGGCAAAACAGUUGGAAGAUUCAAGUGCAACGGCUAGAGACGAAGCAGCUGAGAUUUUGUCCGAGCAGACAGCGCUACCGCUGCCUCUAAUCCAAGAUCUGUCACAGAAACUCGAGGGUCCGAAUUCGAGGGCUUGGAUUCCUUCUCUGAGUGCACUACGCAAGUUCGUGGAUAUUCCGGACGCGAUUGUUGGCGUGGCCGCGGAAGCCAUAACGGUUCAUGCUGACCGACGUGACAAGAAGGCAAAAGUGAGGCUAUCGGCUGCUAUAAAACGAAAUUCAUGUUUGGGAUUUCCAAAGGCUAUGCUCAAACAAGUUGCAAAGUCUAGAGAUGGGCCAAAACGGAUUGCUUGGUGGACGCUCGUCACCCGUAGAGCCAAUGUCAAAUUACCAGAACCCGUCAGCCGGGCCGUCAUCAAGCUGCUGGAGAAUUCAGACGGCAAAACCAGAUUGGCUGUGCUCCGAAGUUUGCUUGGAUUUGACAAUUUCUCAGUAGAUCUCUUGGCAGCGCUGACAAGAAUUGUAGAAGGCGACAACGUCAAAGAAAGAGCAAGGGCGUUGCUGGUGUUAUCCGAACCCACGACGGGUCCGGUGGUUUAUACCGAGGGGCUUCUUAUUGCAUUACUUAAGCAUUUCAACUCAUCAGACACAAAUAUCUGGCAGAAGGCUAUGGAUGCGGUGCUGCAUCAGGCUACUUUGCCGACAUCGGUUGCCGAUGCAGUUGCCAAAUUCUGCGAGGAAUCUGCUACAACUGACAAGUUAAAGCAUCUAGUCAAUGCUGCUGGAUACCGAAAUGAUAGACGUUGUCCAGAAUUCUUGCAACAUACUCUAGUGAAAUUACUGGAUAGCCCAGACAGAGAAAUCAGGGCUGUGGCGGCAGAAUCGUUCCUCGAUCGGCCACCACUAGUUCAGUCCGUCAUUUCAACAUUAUUUCAGAAGCUCCUGGAUACCGCAGAUGCAACGAUUCGGAGCAACAUUGGGCGUGCAAUAGAGGGAAACUGGAUCUCUAACGAAAACAUGGAGACUAUGAUAAGGGUGCUACAGGGAUCAAAGUCGGGAGAAGAUGUGAAGGGGUCGGCUCGAAGUUUGCUGUUGCAUGGGCCGCUCUGUCGCCGUGAGCUACCAGAAACCAUUCUUCAAUUUCUCGGAAAACAACUGCGCGACCCAGACACCACAAUUCGCCGUGGCGCCGCCUUGCUAUUGUGUGAGCGCCAACAUUUGUCGAUACCUGUGAUCCAAACCGUUGUGGAAAACUUAUCUUAUCUGUCCGGGAUUGGAAGGACUGGCGUGCCAAGGGUACUCGUUGAGAUGCCACUCUUGGAUGACAAACUACUCACUUCUACAUUUGAAAGUUUACAUCAAGGGCCAUUCACGAGUCUUUUUGUCCAGCUGCGAAAGUCGAGCUUCCAAUGGCACCUCACUUGGUGCGUUGAUGGUGACUCAGUAUCCUACCUCAACUCAGCCGCCGGGACCAGAACCCUGGCGUUUGAAUCGUUGAAAACCAAAGUCGAAGAAGCUCAAAAAAAGAACUCUGUGCCCCCGUCGGUGAACUGGGUUGAGGAUGGGACAGAAUUGGAAGAAUCCGCAAGGACAGAGAGAACGUCGUUAAUAUCCUUAUCUGGUCUCGCACGAUGUGUCGUGCAGUAG